UUUGACAAGCAUACAGUUAGAGGCGGCUACGCACACCAUGGCGUGUUGCAUAUUUAUAAACAUUGAUUGACAGCAAUCUAUCUAUUAUUCACGAGCAGCAGCCAUGAAAGCUCUCACAAAGCUCUUCCAGCAACUUUGCAGCAAAAUAAUAAUCCUAUUGACACUCCUGCUAGUAGAGCUCAUCGUCCUCCUUUGGAGACUAACAUCAGAAAAACGGUCAAUCACCACGAAGCAGUACCUUGAGUUCAUCGAAGAGAACAACCCCACGAUUCGCUACGCGAAAAGGCGGUCGUCAUGGUCAGAGCUGGAGCAUGUUGUGCCGGAUGAUACGGAGUGCAGGGUGUGCUUGUCCGAAUUCGAGGAAGGAGAGAAGGUGAGGAGGUUGAAAUGCAAGCACACUUUUCACAAAGAUUGCUUGGACAAGUGGUUGCAGGAAUGUUGGGCAACAUGCCCGCUUUGCAGGAAACAAGUGUUGCCGUGUGAUGUCGUAUCCAAACAUCGUCAUUUCCUAAGUCACGAAGAGAAUGUGGAGCAUCUUCCAUAUCUGUUAUUCGUGUGGCGUGGUGGUAAUGGAAGUAACUUCCGUAGAUAUGUGUGAAUCCAAGCCUUCAAGAUAUGUAGCUAGCUCAAACAACUGCUAAAUAUAUACCAAUUUUCUCUACCUUUUAGUUUAUUUAUUAUUCUUCUUCCUUCAAUCAAAAAAGUUUAUGUAGAUGUAUCCUCUGCUUUAUGUACAUAAUUUAUAUUUAGAAAGUUACUGAUAGUAUAUACCGUUUCAGCUAUAUAGUAUUGGGUUCUGAAGUGGUUGAAUUGCUGAAGGGCUGUUUCUGCAAUUCUGGCUCUUCUAUGCGUGCAACUGGAUGUAUUUGCUGAGUUUUUACGUCAGUGGAUUGGCAGGGUAUUGAUCUUGUA